AUGAACUUGAUCCCAGACCACCCUUCAUUGGCUCGAAUUCCUCCAGGGUAUAGGAGCAAAUUGAGCCCCAAGGCACUCGACAUCAUCGCACGAGUAUACGAAUGGGUCGAGAACGAAUGCGUUCCGGCAGACCACAUUGUAAAAGCCCAGCUGGAAAAGAACCGCUGGGCCACUCCGCCUUAUAUUCGGGAACUGAGGAAGAAGGCCAAAGCAGCAGGCCUGUUCAAUCUCUUCUUACCUAAGCACUUCAAAGAAAGCCCUGGGCUUACAAUCCUCGAGUAUUCAUGUUGCUGCGAACUUCUUGGGAGAGUAUACUGGGCCCCUAUGACUCUCAAUUGUCAUGCGCCGGAGACUGGAAACAUUGAGCUGUUGGCUAAGUACGGCACCGACGAGCAGAAGAAGAAAUGGAUGCAGCCGCUUCUAGAAGGAGAGUGGUCCUCGGCAUACUCGAUGACAGAGCCUGAUGUUGCUGCUUCUGAUGCAACAAAUAUCGCGUGCCGUAUCACGCGAGAAGGUGAUGAGUACGUUAUCAACGGAAGGAAAUUGUACGGCAACUGGAUGGCGAACGAGGAGGUCAAGUUUUAUAUCCUCAUGGGGUGCUCAGAUCCAGACAAUCCAGAUCCGUGGCGGCGGCAUUCGACCGUCAUUGUGCCCCGAGAUACCCCAGGUCUGAAGAUGGUACGACACAUGACCAUUAUGGGUUACGACUGUGCCCCUGAAGGCCACGGUGAGUAUUUGUACGAGAACGUGAGAAUCCCCGUGGAGAACAUCAUACUGGGAGAAGGCAGGGCUUUUGAGAUUGCCCAGGGUCGACUGGGUCCUGGUCGAAUACACCACUGCAUGAGACUCCUCGGACAAGCUGAGCGCGCAUACGAACAUGCCCUGAUUAGAGCGACUGAUGUAAGGAAGAAACCUCGCGGCAGAUUGAUAGGGGAAUUCGACAGCAACAUCGAAAGGCUGGCUGAUAUGAGAAUGGAAAUCGAUGCCCUCCGACUGGUGGUACUGAACGCCGCAGAGACCAUGGAUCUUCUCGGAAAUGUGGCAGGGAGACACGCCAUUGCUCAAUCCAAGAUCAUGGUGCCCUUGGGUGUCACGAAGAUCAUUGAUGAGUGCAUGCAAAUGUUUGCCGGUCAGGGACUGACGCAGCACACGUUCCUACCAGAAGCUUGGACCUACGCAAGAUUCGUCCGCAUUGCAGACGGACCGGACGCUGCACACAAGCAUCAGGUCGGCCGAGAUCAGUUGAAGACGGCAACGCAAGUCAGGCUGAAACAUCUUGGAUACAAGAAACGAUAUCACGAAUUGGCAAGACAAUGGAGCUUACCACCGACAGAAAGGUUCGAGUAUGUAGAGCGGCUGGAGAAGUUAUAA